UUUUUUUUUGUUACCAAAGGUGGAAACUUUCAGCUCGAUUUGUUUCCCUCUUCAUUCUUCUUCUCCUCUCUGUCUCUCUCAUCUCUGAAAACCCUAAAAAUCUGAACGGAGCGAUCUCGAUCUCAAAGUCCGUACCUUUCAGCUAUGGAAGGGAGCUUCGGAGGCUACACUGACAAGACUCGAGUGUUGGAUAUAAAACCAUUACGCACUCUCAAACCAGUGUUCCCAAGCGGGAACCAAGCUCCUCCUUUCGUCUGCGCACCUCCUUUCGGACCCUUCCCUCCUGGCUGCACACCUUUCUAUCCCUUUAGCUCCUCUCAACACACUCCAGAUCUCAACCAAUCUCAACAUCAGCCUUCGUUGGUUACUACUCUAAGAACAUUCAGGUCUCCUCCUCCUCCUGAUAAUACAACAUCUAAUGGUGAUGCUGUGGAGCCACCUGAGGGGUCAACAGUGAAGAGAAAGAUCCAAAGAAAGCGGACUCCGAUAGCUCAGAACCCGAAUUUCUCGAGCGGGAUCAGCGCGGCUGAGAAAGAGAACGGCGACAGGAAGCUGGUGAUGAGUGUCCUCACGCGCUUCGACGCGCUGAGGAGGAGGCUUUCACAGCUGGAAGAUGCGAAAGAAUCCGUCACCGGGAUCAUCAAACGCCCUGACUUGAAAGCAGGGUCCACUUGCAUGAGCAGAGGCGUCAGGACAAACACCAAGAAGAGAACCGGCCCUGUUCCGGGCCUCGAGAUCGGCGACGUGUUCUUCUUCAGGUUCGAGAUGUGUUUGAUCGGUUUACAUUCUCCAUCCAUGGCUGGGAUUGACUAUCUCGUCGUCAAAGGAGGAGGAGGAGAAGCAGAAGAAGAGCCUAUCGCAACCAGCAUUGUCUCCUCUGGCUAUUACGACAACGACGAAGGUAACCCUGAUGUGUUGGUGUACACUGGCCAGGGAGGUAACGCUGAUAAAGAUAAGCAAUCGUCUGACCAGAAGCUAGAGAGAGGCAACCUCGCGUUGGAGAAGAGUCUGCAGAAGAAUAGUCCGGUUAGGGUGAUCAGAGGGUUGAAAGAAGCUUCUCAGAGCGCUAAGAUUUACAUAUAUGAUGGUCUGUAUGACGUCAAAGAGUCAUGGGUGGAGAAAGGGAAGUCAGGACACAACACUUUCAAGUAUAAGCUAGUGAGAGCUCCUGGUCAGGCUCCUGCGUUCGCUUCGUGGACUGAGAUACAGAAGUGGAAGAAAGGUUUGCCUUCGAGGGAAGGAAUGAUCCUCACCGACCUCACUUCGGGUGUCGAAAGCAUCGGAGUCUCGCUUGUGAAUGUAGUUGACGCUGAGAAUGGUCCUGCUUACUUCACUUACUCCACGACUGUGACGUCGUUUAAGCUUACUCAGCAGCCUUCUUAUGGAUGCGAGUGCGGCGGGGCGUGCAAGCCGGGGAACUUGAACUGUCACUGCAUAAGGAAAAACGGAGGUGACUUCCCUUACUCCGGCAACGGAGUUCUCGUUAGCCGGAGGGGAAUGGUACAUGAGUGCAGCCCGGCUUGCCUCUGUCCGGGCUGCAAGAACAAGGUGACUCAGAUGGGAGUGAAACUGAAGCUCGAAGUGUUCAAGACUGUGAACAGAGGAUGGGGGUUACGGUCGUGGGAUCCAAUCCGUGCUGGUUCGUUUAUAUGUAUAUACGCAGGCGAGGCUAUAGACAAAUCGCAAAUGCAGCCAGCGAUGGCUAAUGAUGAUUAUACUUUUGAUACGACGCGUGUGUACACCCCUUUUAAAUGGAACUAUGAGCCUGGCUUAGCGGAUGAAGAUGGUUCUGAGGAGAUGUCUGAAGAGCCUGAGCUUCCGCUGCCUCUUGUGAUCAGUGCUAAGAACGUGGGGAACGUUGCGAGGUUCAUGAACCAUAGUUGCUCGCCUAAUGUUUUCUGGCAGCCGGUUAGUUAUGAGAAUAACGGUCAGCUCUUCUUGCAAGUUGCCUUCUUUGCUAUUUCUCAUAUUCCUCCCAUGACUGAGUUGACUUAUGACUAUGGAGUUACGAGAACUAGUGGAGCUCAGAGUUUAUGUGGUAAGAAGAAGUGCUUUUGCGGAUCAGAGUUUUGCCGUGGUUCAUUUGGUUGAUGAUGGGGAGAGAAGAGUGACCUCUGAUGAUUUUUGGAUGGGAAAGUGAAUGUGGUGGUGGCAACUAAAGUGUUAAAGUCUCGGUUUGAUCUUCUCUUCAACAGCAUAAGACGCAAGCUGUGUAUGAUUUUUUCGGGAUUGUGGAAGAUGUGUUCUCAUGUUUCUCUCCUGUUGGAUAUGUAAUCAUAUUAGUGUUCAGACCGUUUUUAAAUUCUUGUGGAAACUUGUUUUUUUAUUUUAGAUUACAUGAAACGAAAUGAAUGAAAUUUUCAAUUUUCUUCUC